AUGGAGUGGACCACCCUGCUGCCAUCGCUCCGACCUCCACCCUCGCCUCUCACCACGUCGACUACAACCACUACUUCGGCCACCACUUCUUCUACUUCCGCUUCGAACGCACCUUCCCAACCCUCGGAAGGCGCUGCCGCCGGCGAGCCCACGGCGCCGCCGUCGGCCACUGCUGCGGCAGCCGAGUCGGCGGCGGACGCGGCAGCUGCGCGCGAGGAGGAGCAAGAAGAGGAGGACCUGGCCUCGAACUCGGCCGCCACCGCAGCUGCGGCUGCGGCGUCCACGACCGCCGCUGCGCCCGACGCGACCAGCGUGCCCAUCUCACCCGCGUCCGAGUCCCAGGCCUGGGAGGACCUGUACCGCGGGCUCGACGAUGUUCUGCGCAGUCUGAAGCGCGCCGACGAAGACAACGUAUUUGUGAACAGGGUGAACAAACGGGACGCGCCGAACUACUACGAAGUGAUCGCGCGUCCCAUGUACCUCAACCUCAUGACCAAGAAGCUCAAGAAGGGCGACUACUACAGCAAGGCCGAAUUUCAGGGCGAUAUCGACUUGAUCGUCGGGAAUUGCAGGCAGUACAACACGGACCCGGAGUCCAUCUACCGCCUCAAGGCCGACCAGCUGGAGGCCCACGCCGCGGAGCUGCUGGCGGCCGUACCCGACAUCGACCUCUCCCACAUCCGGCGCGAGGGCCGCCGGCCUCCAUCGCUCAAGGGACCCGGCCGACCCCGCAAGCAGAAGAGCGACGAAGACACGCCGACGAGCGCCGCCGCCACGCCAGUCCUCGGCACCCCAGUCGUUUCCAAGGUGCGUGCGCCGAGCGUCAGCCUCAGCGCCGGCGGCCCGAAUGACGCCAGCGAUGCGUCGUUGGACGCAUCAUCGUCGUCGUCGACGUCUUCCUCCUCCACAUUGUCGUCGUCAUCGUCGUCGGCCAUGGCCUCGCUGCGCGCUCGCUUGCGGCCGGACCCCUACGUCGCUCUGGGCCUCGACGUCGACCACCUGCUCUUCCGCGCGCCUGUGCCCGGGAGUCUCGCGCUCCCCCCGCCCGCCGUCGCCGGUGACGCUGGCGCCGGCACCUCGCCCGCUGUCGCGCCGGCGUCAGCGUCGGCGUCGGCAGUGUCUACACCACCUGUCGCCAAGCAACUGGAACCGCCACUGGCGGCCACGGCAAGUCAGGCCGGCGCUUCUGCUGAUGUGGCGAGCGGCGAAGCCUCGGGCGAGCAGUUGGCGUCUGCCGCCGCUGACCUCGGGCUGGCGGCCGACAGGUGGGCCACGCUGACGCGGCCCUACCGCCAACUCCACCUCGCCUAUCGGAGCGAGCAGCAAUCGCUGCCCUUCAGCGAGCGCGAUGCAGUCGUCCGCUCGUCGGCGCGCAUGGGCUCCUUCGUGCGGCUCUCCUCCGCUGACGCUGACGCUGCCGCUGCCGCUGCCGCCGCCGCACCCGUCGCCCCGAGCGGCGGCGUCGGCGGCGACAGUGGCGGUCUCUUCCUCCCCGAGUUCUCCCACGCGUUCGACGCCGUGCCGGCCGUGCCGUUCGCGGUCCGCUCCACGGCCGCCGAAAAGGCUCACAUGCCGGCCCCCGGGCGCACGGGGACGCAGGCGCUUGCGGUCGCGCCCACGGCCGUCGCCGGCAACAUCCGCACGCUGCGGCGGAUCCGGCACAUGCGCGCCGCCCUUCGCGCCAAGGAGGAGCCGGGUGCCGGUGCGGUUCCGGGAAUGCCCGAUGACGCGCCGCCGGGUGUCGAGGCCCCGCCCGCUGACCUCGCGCAGGGCCUGGGCAUGCUGAUCUACCACGCCGGCUUCGAAGGUGCGAGCACGCGCGCGAUGGAGGUGCUGGCGGACGUCACGACGGCCUACCUCCUAAAGCUGGGCCACCUCCUGCACCUCCACGAGGACGCCGCCGUCCGCCCGCCCUCCCACCGGUGUCUGGCGGCGAUGGGGCGGGAGACGCUGCGGGACCUGGUGCGCUACUCGGACGGGCUCAAGCGCUACACCGCCCGACUGGGCCUCAUCGACCGCCGCCUCCACGAACGCCUCACCCGACAGGCGGCGGGAGGGGGCGGGGCCAAGGUCGAAGGGGCGGACGAGGCGGGAGGCGGGAAGCUGGAAGACGUGGAGCUCACCGAAGCUGACAUGGAGGACGUCACGGGCGGCGCCAGCGGCGGCACCACGCGACGGCGCAAGCGCGAGAACGACAAUGGCGACAUCGCGGGACACAACAACAACGAGGACGAGGACGAGCAAGACCAGGCCGCGCAGCCCGUGGAGGAGGCCGCGCGGGACAUGGUGGGCGACAGCCUCGCGCCCUUUAUCUUCACCUGA